AUCGGGAUAAAAAGUUUGAGGUGGCCGCUUGAGUAGCUCAAAGUUUUGUGAGUUGUAGGGAGGGGGUUAAAUCCAGAGAGUGAAGAUGAGCGACACAGAGGCGUCUGAGCAACCUCAACCCGAGAGAAAAGUCAUUGCAACAGGUGUGCAAGGAACUGUGAAAUGGUUCAAUGUGCGCAAUGGAUAUGGCUUUAUCAAUAGAAAUGAUACUAAAGAAGAUGUAUUUGUUCACCAGACGGCAAUAAAAAAGAAUAACCCAAGAAAGUUCCUUAGAAGUGUGGGUGACGGUGAGGUUGUCGAGUUUGACGUUGUCGAAGCAGCUAAAGGCUCAGAGGCAGCGAAUGUGACCGGUCCAGGAGGUGUACCUGUCAAAGGCAGCCGAUACGCCCCCAAUAAACGCAGAUUUCGUAGACGCUUUUACCCUCGUAAUGCACGGCCUGCUGAAGGAGAGGAGAAAGCUGGAGAAGCUGGGGAUGCUCCAACUGAUCCCACAACUGAGGGAGAGGGCAGCGAGGAGAAAGGAGCCCCUCGGCCACGUCCUCGCCGCCAGCGUCCACGCAGGAGACCUGUUCCACCACAAGGCGAGGGAGAAACUGGUGAGAAGAAUGAGGAAGUAGAUGGUGCCCAGCAGAGGCCGCCACCUCGCAGGUUCAGACCUCGAUUUCGAAGGCCGUUCCAACCCCGGCCACCCCCUGGAGAGGCUCAACAGAUGGUAGCCCCGGCAGAAGAGCAAGAGUCACCCCCUAAAGAGGACCAGACCAAUGGGGAGCAGACAGAUGAGCAGUCCCGGAAACCCCGCAAACAGUUCAGUCGGCGCAGACAGAGGAAGUCUGAAUCCGGUACCUCUAAAGAUGGAGACGAACCUGAAAAACCUGAGUCCCCAGACUCCAAGCCUGCUAAUGUCAAAUCCUCUGAAAAAUCCCCUAAAAAUGAAGCACCCGUCCCUACAGCUUCCAAGCCCUCAGAAUGAUUUCUGUGACAUGGAGGAAGUCAUGUGACCUGGCAAGAGGUUCCAAGAUGGGUUAGUUUGUGGGGUUGAACCUCGCCUGUCUCAUCAAACGUCUUUCUCCUCGCUUCUACGUCAUUGUCCCUCCCCCAAACUGGUCCGCUGCUUGUGGUCUGGACCCUUCAUCUGUCAGGGAGAGAGAAAGAGAGGGAUGGAUGGAUGGAAAGGAAGGGGCUGGUGGGGAAGGGAGGGUUGGGUUGUUGCAUACUUGGCCAUUUAAAAAGUAAAUAGUGCAAAAAAAAAAACCCUGCUCUAAAAGCCCAUUAUAUUUACAAUAUUUCCCCUUAAUAGUUUUGUUCUGUACUAUGGGCGAUGAGCAGUUGAGAAAAUGUGACCCAGUUCGGCUACUUUAAGUUCAUCAAAGAGAGGAAAUGCCAUCCAGUGUGAUGAGCACAGCACAUACUCUUCUCUUACUUGUAACUUGAUAAAAGGGGAAAAUGUGCAUCCAAUCAAAAUACAAUUUGGUUUAAAAAUUGUCCUUUUUUUCUUUUAUUUUGGUAUGUACUUUUACUUUGGUGGGGGUUGUGUGCAAUGCCAGUAAUGUAAAUAAAUUAUUUACUGACUCUCCUGAC